GCUUCUGGCGAGGCUGGAGCGGCCACGGGAGCUGGCAGGGGGAUUUGCCGAUAGGAGAGGCACGCUGGCGCGGCUCCGGCGUUUCCUUGUGCACCGGCGGGGUCUGCCACGCCCAGAAAACAAGCACUAAGCAUCAUUGACCCUCUGGAGACCACUUAAGACACCAAUGCCAUUGUCUUCAGCAAGAAGUUGUAUUCCUGUUGCCCUAGAUAUUCAGUGGAUAAACAAGUUUGAUGAUCAGGCCUUACUGAUGUGACUAACUGGAAAGGAACUGUAAAUGUCUUCAGAGGACAAAGAAGCUCAGGAAGAUGAGCUACUUGCUUUGGCAAGUAUCUAUGAUGAAGAUGAAUUCAAGAGAGCGCAGUCUGUACAAGGAGGAGAAACUAGAAUCUCUGUGGAAUUGCCACCAGGCUUCACCAUAUGUAUGAGUGGCAACCUGACAGAGAAUCUCCAGAACAGCAAGUUUGAAUGCAGAGUUUGUUUUUUGCCUCCGAUUGUGCUGCAUUUUGAAUUCCCACCAGACUACCCGUCAACUUCCCCACCUGUCUUCACCCUCAGUAGCAAGUGGCUUUCUCAGGCACAGCUCUCUGCGCUUUGUAAGCAUCUGGACAACUUAUGGGAAGAAAACAGAGGCUGUGUGAUCCUGUUUGCCUGGAUGCAGUUUCUCAAGGAAGAAACACUUACGUAUCUGAACAUCAGCUCGCCCUAUGAGCCAGAGAUAUGUGACCAAGGACAAGAGCAAAGCAGGAAAGGGAAAGAGGAUGGGGCAGGCGCCGCAGCCGCAGCCGCGCAUGAAGAAGCCCUCGAUGCAAGAGCCGUGCAGGAUGUUGAGUCUCUGUCCAGCCUGAUUAGAGAGAUUCUGGACUUUGAUCAGGCCCAAAGGCAAAAGUGCUUCAACAGUAAAAUGUACACGUGCAAUGUCUGCUUUUCUGAAAAGCUGGGAAGUGAAUGUAUGUACUUUAUGGAAUGCAGGCAUGUGUACUGCAGGGCUUGCUUGAAGGACUACUUUGAAAUUAAAAUCAAAGAUGGUGAGGUCCACUACUUGAAUUGUCCAGAACCGAAAUGUCCUUCCGUUGCUACUCCUGGGCAGGUAAAAGAGUUGGUGGAAGAGGAACUCUUUGCACGUUACGACCGCCUGCUGCUCCAGUCGAGCUUGGAUAUGAUGGCCGAUGUGGUAUAUUGCCCACGACCAUGUUGCCAAACACCUGUAAUGCAGGAACCAUCUGGCACGAUGGGCAUCUGUUCCAGGUGCAAUUAUGCCUUCUGUACGUUGUGUAAGAUGACUUACCAUGGCGUCUCCCGGUGUAAAGUCACUGCAGAGAAGUUAGCAGACCUGCGCAAGGAGUACCUUGAAGCAGACGAGGCCACGCAGAAGUUUUUAGAGCAGCGCUACGGGAAAAGGGUGAUUCAAAAGACACUGGAGGAAAUGGACAGCAAAGAGUGGCUGGAAAAGAAUUCCAAAUCUUGUCCUUGCUGUGGGACUCCUAUAGAGAAGUUGGAUGGCUGCAACAAGAUGACAUGCACUGCUUGUACACAGUACUUCUGUUGGCUUUGUAUGGGUUCUCUGCCAAGAGGAAAUCCAUAUAUGCACUUUAAUGAUCCAGCAUCUCCCUGUUUUAAUCGGCUAUUUCGAGGUGGGGAAGAUGAUGGCAACUUCUGGGAGGAGGAGGGCUAGUCUGUACCCAGAUUCCAAAGUGAAAGAAAUCAAAGAAAAAUGAAGUUGUGCCACCCAUGAUGUGUUCAAGAUUGUACUUAAACAUUGGCACUUGAGAAGAGUAUACAUACACACUGAAAGAGUAUGAAUAUAGAACUUUUUUUGGGGGGGGGUCAUCACUAAAAGUCUUCAAACUGGGGCAGGGGAACCAUUUCCAGCAAGGGGGCUGGAAUUUACCCCACAGGCCGCUGCCCGCCUGUCACUCAACUGGCAUCAAGUGUGGUGCAGGUGGGUGUGGCUAGGGGAGAAAUGGCCCGUAGGCCAGAGGUACUCUAUUCCCACUUUAAAUUCACAGGCUGAUUUGAAAUCCUACGUAAUUUUCAGAUCCUUGCACCUUGAAAAAAUAGAGCAAACUCACUAGAAUGCCAGUUCUUGCAAAUGUCUCUGCUGCCACUGAAACAAGUGGAAAGUGAUUAUUUUUGUUAUUUACCCAUACUAAGGAGAAAGUGGCAUUAUAAAUGUGCAUUGCUAUAAAAUCAGGGAUUCCUUAAUGGUUCUUAUGCUAGAACAACAACUCAAUCAUGCUAGAAUCUAUUCCAGCAGGAGUGGAGAUCCUCUCUGGCUUAUGAACCUGAGAGCAUGAUUUCUUUGAUUUUUACCUUUCAUUCAUCACCUCCUGAAGCACUUUCCAACACUGAGGUUAUUUGAACUUUUGGGACUCUUCCCAUAUUCAUUUCUGAAGCUGGCCUUCCACACAGCAUAUAAAUAUUUGCCAUCCUACUAGCUCACCCUACUGAAGGUCAACAGGUGCUAUAAAAUAGCUUCAUAUAUAUAUAUUAAAAUUGCAUACAAAUUCACUUUCACCAUCACACCUGCAUCUAGAUAAUCUAGUUUACGGCUAAAUGAUGCACUGGCACAAUUAAGUCCUCAAACUAUUGCCAGCAUGCUAGUUUUAGGAUUGUGUGAGAGAGGCGGCAGCUUCUGCCUGACAACCAGGUUGGCCUCAAGAACUUGCAAAAUAGGGAGCAAGUGUCCUUGUCUCUGGAGAAGGCUUUGCAGUUAGUCAAGGAGGUGUUUAUUUCUGCUGCAGAAAGAGAUGUAUACCCUGGAGAUGCACUAAAAUUCUGCAUUAUCCCAAAAGAUGGAAUUAAAGAAGAAACGGUUCCAUUGUGAAGAGACUAAAUCAGUGCACUGUACAUUUAAAGAAUUUUGGUGUGCAACCUUAAUUUUCACGCAAGCUAUAUACUGCUAGUAUGAUAUUUGAUGCAAUAGAAAAGGAACCAAAACAGAAAACAAAAACGAUUUACUAUCCUGCAUCCCCAGAAGCUGUUGUCGGUCUUUCCCGUGCAGGUGCCCUCCAGCUGUUUUGGAUUAUUACUCAGUUCUGGCUGGGGCUGAUGGGUUUUAGUUCAAAACAUUGGAGGCCGGGUUGGGGAAGACUAGUCCAGGCAGUAAUAGUAAGGAGAGUUCAAGAGCAGGCUGGUCACUGGCAUGGGCAAUGUUUUGGCACCAUGGAGGACUUAGAAGUGGGGGAAUUAUAUAGUCAUUGUAUAUGAUGCACUACAGAAUUGUGGAAACUUUAAAAAUUGUGUUCUCUGGAUGACUUACAAUUCUUGCUUUCUCUUAUUAUGUUUCCUUAGUUCCCAGUCAGCCCCCAACAAUGUUUCAAUCCAUCUUUCCAAAUCCCACAGAAUAAAUACAACUUGAUUGUU